UGAGUCUCUCACUGCCACAUUUUCUCUAAACAAUCUCUACCAAUGGAUCUGUUCAAUUCUCUACUGAAUUUGGUGAUUCCACCAGCAAGCCUGGUCAUGCUGGCCUUUGCAUGGCCCACCCUUUCCUUCAUCCAUGCAUGUGAAUGGCUCUACUACAAUUUCUACAGCGAAGAUAUGGAAAAUAAGGUCGUUGUGAUCACCGGCGCAUCAUCUGGGAUUGGAGAGCAAAUAGCAUAUGAAUAUGCAAAAAGGCAUGCGAAUCUUGUGUUGGUAGCGAGAAGGGAUAAUAGACUCCGUUGGAUUAGUGAGAAUGCUUUACAGAUGGGAGCAAGACAUGUCAUGAUCAUAGCUGCAGAUGUCGUAAAGGAAGAGGAAUGCAGAAGAUUCAUCACUGAAACCUUCAACUACUAUGGUCGCUUGGAUCAUCUGGUAAACACGGCGAGCUUGGGACACACCUUCUACUUCGAGGAAGUCCAAGACACUUCUGUGUUCCCUCUUUUGAUGGAUAUUAAUUUCUGGGGGAAUGUAUAUCCUACGUAUGCAGCUCUUCCUUACUUGAGGCAGAGCAAUGGUCGGAUCGUUGUUAAUGCAUCAAUCGAAAGUUGGCUACCUAUGCCAAGGAUGAGCUUAUAUGCUGCAGCAAAGGCAGCCAUUACAAACUUCUACGAGACGCUAAGGAUAGAAGCAAGAGAUGAUGUUGGAGUAACCAUUGCAACACAUGGGUGGAUUGGUGGUGAGAUGACCAGAGGAAAGUUCAUGCUAGAGGAGGGAGCAGAGAUGCAAUGGAAGGAAGAGAGAGAAGUUCCUGUGAUUGGAAGCCAUGUUGAGGAGUACGCAAGGAUGAUUGUAGCCGGGGCUUGUAGGGGCGAUGCAUAUGUGAAACUACCAAGCUGGUACGACAUCUUUCUUCUUUACAGGGUUUUUGCACCCGACGUUCUAGGUUGGACAUUUGGUUUGCUGUUUUCAAACCAUGGUGCUCGGAAGAAAUCCCUCGUUGGGACCGGAAGGCCCCUCUUGGAGACUUCGUCGCCUCGCAAGCUUCUCCCAGGGCCUUUAUCCUUCUCUCAACACUCUCUCCAGCAACAAUACAGGCUAGAAUGAAUAUAUAUAGUCCCAUAACUCACUGUAAGUAUAUUUCUCAUUAGAUAGAUUUGUUCAUGUUUGUGAUCUUUUCAGAUUUUAGAAUAAGUUGCCUUUUCCACGUCGUUCGUGAAUACAUACGUAAUAAAUUCGGUUGGAGUUGUUUGUACUUAGAUUUCUAUGGAGCUAUGAACAUAAUAGAUAUAUAAAAUGGCUAUUAUUGUCUU